AUGGGAAUUGCCGACCUCUGGCCCAUCUUAAGCUCUGAGAGCGAUGAAAGGCUCGCUUUUCCGGUAUUCUUAACCCGUUUUAUCCAAAAAUAUGGCAGGUUUCCAAGACUUGCUAUAGACGCCUAUAUGUUCAUGUUUUGGUCCCAACUUCCAGGAGCGGAGGACGAUCCCAACAUACACCGACGCAUUAUCCGCAAUUUCAUGGCAAAAUUGUGGUAUUUAGUUCAACACAAUGUGCUGUUCGUCGUGGUAUUCGAUGGGAAAUACAAACCAGGAAAGCUCCGAAACGGUCACAUUCCAGACAUCCCAGGGUCGACCUCCUAUGAUGAAUUGCUUGUCUUUUUUAAGAAAUUGGCUCCUUACACGUACUCGGAGGGUCUGUCCUUGGUAGAAAUGCUCAAGAAGAUUCUCCAGAGAAAUUGUAUGGACUACGUUCAGGCGCCAGCAGAAGCGGAAGCUGAAUGUGCGUGGCUCCAAAGAUUGGGUGUUGUGGACUUCGUAGUUUCUGAUGAUUCGGAUACUCUAGUUUUCGGUGCUACCCAGAUGCUUCGCUUGUUCAACAGAUUGAAGUAUAAGAAUGAGAAUGGAGAAGAUGUGCUCAGCUCCUCGGAUUACUAUGUGAAUCCCGUGUACAUGGACCAGAUUACAGAUAGAACUGGGCUAGAUAGAGAUCGUUUGGUGUUGGUGGCUGUUCUACGUGGAGGCGACUACUCUACUGGGGCUCUGAAUAUAGGAAUAACUAGAGCCAGUGAAAUAGCACUUUGCGGGUCUAAUAUUCUUCAGCAUUCCCCCAGAAAGGCACUCCAGGAUUUUGGAGCCAUGCCAGACUUCACCAGGAUGUUCACCGAGACCUUUGUUCAUAUGGAGAGUAAGAACUGUAUUCUGACAGACAGAUACUUCUCUCUCAAGGCGGAACUUGACAGAAAUGAUUCCCUUGACUCGUUCAACAAGUACCUUGGUAGCUACUUGAAGGAAAGCGCAAAGGAAGUGUUUGGUAGAAUGGCUACCAUGAAGGGUAAUCUUGCUGUCGAUGACUACUACUCACUUCUAUACCUAUUUCCGUUGGUGAACCAGAAAAUAUUCAAGUUUACUCCCUACUCAGUGAGUUUCAGCGACCUCAAUGCUGACUACGAUGAUCUUCCAAACGUAGAUGUGGAUUGCUUAGCUUUAAGGUAUAAUUUUGUUUGCUCUGCUACAGAUAUAGGUAAACUGACCGUUGUCGAAGGGACACAACAGUUUGUGGGUUACGGAAGAGGUAAAAAUCUCGUAAGGGAGAAGUACCUGCUUCCAAGAGAACGCAAGUAUAAUCUUAAAUCAUUUGCUCUCAAACUUCUCUCUGAGGAGAAAUUUCGGGAGAUCAUUCAUCUUGCUAGAACAAAAUUGCUAGACGGCGUCUCGUUAGCUGUGCUCAAGUUUCAAAGGCAGCAAUUAAAUGAAGCUGUGUAUUUGAAAAAGUCUAAAGAGACAGCACCUGAGAGUGAAAGAGUGCAACAGGCAGAUACAGAAGCAGAUGCUGACGAUCCAAAUUCUCUGGUUAUCGACAAUGAAGAAGAAGAGGAAGAUAAGUCUAUCACCGUCGCGGUGCCGUUGGAAGCAGUGCGCCUCAUAGCACCCAGUGUUGUUGAGGAAUUUGAGAAACUCAAACUGAUGAAAAGGUCGCCAAAAAAGAAACCAUCCCCACAGAAAACGACUCUUGAUUCAAUGUGGAACUUACUGCCUACUAAAAGUAACCUGUCACCUACGAAGUUGGACUCGUCUGAAACCAAGUCAUUAUACUCUCCUAAAAAAAUUGAAUCGAGGAGUUCUUCGAUGGCCGAUACAAAAUGCUCACCUGCUAAAGCAGAAGUGGGUUCAGCAGACUUCAGAAAGUUCGCCUCAAUUCUGGACACGCAAGCCAAAGGAUCUCCUCGCAGAAGAUCAAACCGAACUGCUCUUCUACCCGGUCAAUCAAUAGUAACUUCAUUUUUCAGGCCACACCAGGAGAUUGAUCCCUUCCAAGAUGUCAUUUUUGUCCCUUCUGAUGAAGAGAAUGACCCCAAGCCAGCAGACUACAUGAACAUGAAAAAUGUUAUCGCCAAUGCUCCAUUGCUUGGACAAUCAAGGCUCAAAGCCCCAAUUGAGUCUCGUUUGAAUUCACCUGAAUCGAGUCCCUCCAAAAGAAUCCGAAAGGAAUUCGCGCUUUCUCCGAAUAACUCACCUGUCAAGCCGAAACGAGAGGAUUCAAGUGGGUAUCCGCCAAUAUAA